AUACAUCGUUCACAGAGGUCUCACAGAGGUCGAUUUUUGUGUAUCAUCAGUAAAUCUAUCAACGAUUCUUCACAGUUUAUCUCAAAACCCACCUCUUGGAUUUAUAACUCUUUGAUUUUUUUUGCGAGGCAAGGACAGUGGAUUUUUAGAGCAGUUAGAGACUACUGUUCAACCACAUUGACCACGGGCAAAGUUUUGCAUUUGGGAGAAAAAGAUAGCGGAUAUUUUCGUUGGUUAACGUGUAUUGAGCAGUGAGCGAUGAAAACAUCAAGUUGAGAUCGAGGCACGACAUACAGAAAAAUAUAGCAGAAUGAUAAAAUACACCCACUCGACGAGACGAURCAUAAAGUAAGCAAAGAAUGGCGACUGUUCCAACAAUUGAGAGUAUCCAAAAGUGUGGUUACCUAAAGAUAAAACGUCCGCCUACAACAGGAAAAGUUAGAUUCAAGGCCUGGCAGUCCAAGUAUUUCGUUCUUCGAGGUUUUCCUCCAGUAUUUGAGUAUUUCAAAGAUGAGCCGUCUUACCACGUGACUCGAGGCAACAAGGAUAUAAACCGGAUCAGUUUAGAAAACGUCAUCCAUAUUGGAACAACCGACGCAUCUAAGACACAGCGCAAUGCCUUCAUGAUCGUCUCUCCUCAUAGCGCUUUAAUGUUGGCAUCAGAUAACGAACAAGACACGAAAGAAUGGGUCGAAGCGCUCAAUCGCGUUGCUAUCAAACCCGGGACUCCCCAAGAAUGCCCUCCAGACCUUACGAACUUGGUGUACCCCGAAUCGCCUCCAGUACCCCGACGUAGUGUCCCUAAUGUUGCUGCAUCAGGUAGCCCUGUACUGGAUGUUGAUUUAGGGUUACGAAGAGCCUCAGAUCCACCUGCCCGUGAGGACAAUAAUCAAGGAUUCUUAGUGACCACUCGUUUGACUCCAUCUUCGGAGAAGAACGGAAUCCGCGAUAAAUAUCGAAUGCACAUCACAGAUGAACACGUUGUUCUCCAUCGUCUAGAGUCCAACAUUUCCUUCAUCUCAUGGCCACUUGUUGACUUAAGGGGAUGGAAAUGUGAGUCUGCGGAAAGCGCUGGUGGACACGGAACACAGUUGUUAAGCUUAGAAUCAGGAAGGAAAAGCGCAACUGGUGUUGGCUUAUUUCAGUUCUUCACUAACUCUGGUGAUCAGAUUGCAGCAAAGAUCCGCGCACAUUCCAACGUUCUUUGCGAGUCAGCGGUAAAGAAACGUGAGAAGUUCAAGUAUGAGCGAAGCAACAGUUUUGAGGAUUUGGUCCACCCUUCUUCUCCUGCAGGAGAAACCUUCAAAAAAGCUUUGACGGAACCCCAAACUUCUUCUCAGAAACAAACGCUUUCGUGUAAUUUAGCUGUAAGAGCAGAGUCGGAUACCUUACUUAACUUUGACAAAAUUGAACGACCAAAACUGAGCCCAAAUUCCUUAAGAAAAACAUUACUGCAGGGUAUGUGCGUGAAAGAUGCGAUAGAUACAAAGGAAUCUGAACCAGCUGUGACAGAUGACGCGGAUUCUAUAGCACAACCCGCAGAUAAUGCGUAUUUAGACUUGAUCAGUGAGUCUGGUGUUGAACCAGUCCACAUAUCUGAUCCCGAACACCGCAGAACGUCGACUACCAGCGAAGAAGUCGCUCCCAUAUUAAAAUCUCGAAUUCCAUCUAUCAACGAAUCAAGUGAACAAUCUGAAUAUAUCGAUGAACGUGAGUUAAAUACUUAUGGAGUACAAUAUCAAGAAAAAUGUGGAAAAGAGUCUAWAGUGUUUGAUUCUCAGAGUCAAGAUUACGAGCCAUAUUCUGAUGCUACUGUAGCUCUGAAAUCAUCUGAGACAUCUCCGACAUCCAAAGAAACUCCAGCAGCACCUGAUACUCAGUUUUGUCAGGAUUUCUUCGAGCAGUUAUCCAACCCAACGGCUCAUAAAACUAGUAUAUUCCCGCAGUCUCACAGCCAGAUAAAAUGCACUAGAAUUUCGAUCAAGCAGGAAUUAGCCGACGAAGAAUCUUCAUCAGAUAAUAUUUUAACGAGAACUGAUUUAAAUGGAAGAAGAAGUCAUCGCAUUUUGAGUGAAACGUCUACGAGUAGCGAGACUUCUCAGGAAAUCAGUACUUCAUUGAAUGUCGUGCAAUCAAAUGAAGGGUUCGAAAAUGUAGACCCUGAAGAACCAUCAAGAGAAGAUGUUGUGUCUGCUAAUGAUGUACAGUUUAUUAGUGGAUCAGUCGAACAAGAACGGCAAGACCAAGAAAGCUUUCAGAAUUUCUUAAAGAGAAGUGAUGAAACCCAGGAUCUACUUCAAAAAUGUCUUUUUCAACUAGAAUCUCCUCAGAGCUUUGCGAAACAAGAUCUUUUUCCACAUUUCCCGAAACGAAACAGCACAGGGAACGUGGCGAUCGAUAAAUUGAACUUUAAAAAGGUCAGUGAUAGUAAACUCAACGUGAAAAGUUUAGCUGUGUCUUCUGAAAUAGGGACUAAGAAGAUCAUUGAAAAAAGUAUGUCUCACAGUGGAUUUGAUUCAUUGAACGACAAGCCUCCUCCACUUCCUGCGCGGAGGGAACUCGCCUGCACUUCUAGAUCCAGAAAUUCUGCUUCCAUGGGAGAUAUUUUUGAAGGGGUACAACGGCGGUCUGARCAGUUUCGUAAAGGAAUCAACAGGCACCAUUCACCUUUGGGUCCUCAUACUCCUGUAUUUGGCGCAUCAUGUGGGCCUGAAUCACUCGUUACUGCACGACUUUUAGAAAGAACAACUUCUGGGUCUAGUCUUGUUUUGGAGAAGAAGUCCUAUACGCAUCUUUCAAUCCAAGAACCACAAGAAGGGAAGCUAUCGAUGAUUGAGCUUGAAAGACUUCGAUCAAGUUCUCUUCGAAGUAAUGGACACUCGGCAUCACAGUCUCACGAAGAUGACAAGAACACCGACAGCGAAGGAGACACCAGCUUCAAGCGACGUGGCUCCAGAGCUUCAAAAUUUUUAAACAAAGUUUUCAAUAAUUUCUCUUUGUCUCCAGUGGCAUCGACUAAAAGACGAGCGAGUUGUGAUUGUCUUGCUCCUGACUCUUUGAAAGACGUAGAAUCACGCGCAAGAAGUGUCUCCGCCCUUAGCCCGGGUAUCGACAACGAAGGUUGGUCCCCAGAGACGAGCCUUGAAGUACCCACCCCUGAGGGAUCCCCAAAACAUUUCCGCAAAAGCACCUCGUCGUUAAGAAGAGCAUCACACGACCCUUCGUUGGGCAGACCGACCUUUGAUCAUCGCGAUGAGUUGAAAGAAAGAGCGAGAGAAAGGGAAAGAGAGCGAGCAGAACUUCCCAAUCAACCUCCUCCUGCUCUUCCCCCGAGGAAGAAAUCUGACCCACCUCCGCUUCCUCCAAGAACACGAAAAUCUAGCGGGGAUCAUUCAUGUCCGUCAUCGCCACCUACCAGGACAGGCUCCUGCGAACACUCUCAAUCUGCUGCCAUCAAGACACCUAUCUCCAAAGGAUCUAGCACUAGAGACAGAGCAGGGAGCAGUCAUGAUGAUCAAGCUUCGCCCCCACCCAUUCCCCCUCGGAGAGAAGAAAGGCGAGGUUCACAUCCACCAGCAAUCCAGCUGACCCUAUCAUCACCUGAAAAUAAGGAUUUGGAUAGCAGUUUUGAUGGUCUUACAGAGGAACCGAUGCUUUCUUCAUCACUAAAAGAUGCGACUUCAGUGGAAAAAGAUUCUUCCGAAGUUCCAAUUGCAGCCACCGGGCCACCGACGAUAUCUUCCACUCUGAGUAAGAACACCGAUGUUUCAUGUCCAGUCCCCAAGCGACCACCAAAGAACAAGGGACAAUGGACCCGACAGGAACCAAUAGACUUGAUGGACUCUGCCUUUUUAGAUGAAGAAAUCUCGGGACCAAAAGAUUUAAUCCUGGAAAGAAAUCACGUUGAAACAUCUCAAGGGUCUUGCGAAGGAACGACGAGAUUGGAAAAGAUGGACAGCGCAUUUAUUUCCAUUGGCAUCCAAGAAAGAACUCAUAAAUCCCACGUACAUGAGCGACUAGAAGUGUCUGAGAUCGAGCGUGAUUCAGUGACAAAUAUCAUCCAAUCAGAAACAAGAGAAAUUAGCCAGAAUUCCAACAGUGUGUCCUCAAGACCAGAUAUGACAGAUAGCUUAAGUCCUCCUUUACAUCCAGCGGGCACGGCUUUGGGAGGAACGCCUGGAAGAUGUAGCCCUGGGCAUUCUCCGCCGCAUUCCCUCAACAUGCAAAAUCGAGGGAGCAGUCUUGUGUUAGGAGAUUCAGGAUCUACUACACCUAUUAGCGUCUAAUCAGAUUAGCUAGUUGUAGACUUGAUAAUAGUCCCUUUUCUCAUUCCGUAAAUACCGCUGUGUUUUAAGACUGAAGACUCAUUUUCGCAGGCUUCCGCCUCGCUUAAGAGUAAAUCAUUUGCAAAUGUCAACUUUAAUGUAAAGAAUGUGCAGCUUGAACAAUACCAAUGUUUUGAAAUCCCAUGGACGUUUAAUGGUAUUUGUGAGUAGCUGACUUAUAAACGAGGCUAAGCCUGUGCAAAUGAGUCUGUAGCCUUCAAAAACAGCGAUAUGCAUUGAAGGUGAAACUGGUGUAUUAGAACUUAUAGUUCCCUUGCAUGUGACGUCAAAGCAGCUCAAUUUGGAUGACAAAACAGAGAAUUUUCAUUUCGCAUGAGAAUUGGAAACUUAUGGCUGUCCUCCAAGUCGAGCUGCAUUCCGAUGUGCUUGUGUCUAUUCGUCUUGCUGCAGUGUUUUCCCAUUUCAGACCAAGUGUCGUUCCCUCGAGUAUCAUUUCUUUGUUUAACGGUGACACAUGAAUAUGGAUACAACUCAAACAAAGAAUCUUGUUCUCAAGAAAAUGACAGGCGGUCUGAAGUGGGAAAACCUUACACCCAAUUGGAUUUGGUCCAUUAGACCUUAUUCGUGUUGGUGCAGUGUUUUCUCAUUCCAGACCACGUAUCAUUCUCAUUUCUUUGUUUAACGGUUGCACAUGAGAAAGCACAUGAAUAUAAACACACCUUAAACAAAGAAUCUUAUUCUCAAGAGAAUGACACGGUGAUCUGAAAUGGGGGAAUAUUAAGUCCAAAAAUAAGGUCUUAGUUUAUCCUGGUUAUCCUGAAGUGGUAGUGUUAAUCAAAGAAUUUUCAGAAUAACCGAUUUGGAAGAGGUAGAAUUUUAAUGAAAUUCAGCUUUGCCCCAGGCUUUCUUAUUUCUUAAAUCGUGUCUUCUUCACACGAGUAGAAACUAGGAUAUGUAGAUCAUUGCRCAAAAUUAUUUAUUUAUGUGUUUAACACAUUACUGGAACACGUACAUGCCAUAGUUUUAAUUGUAAUAUAACAAAAAACUCGACACAUUCACAGAUGGCUCCAAAUCUACAUGCAUACAAUGAGAUGACUAUAAAAAAGUUUAAAUCCAAAUCUUAGAUUCAGAGCGAAAAUUCGAUUCUUGAUUUUUGUUUUUGAUUUAAUGUGUACACGUUUCCAGAGCCGGGGAUAAACCGUUUGUCAAGCAUAAGGGAAAAAAAUUCGGUUAAGGGUUAUUAGGUAUUUGCGAUUUUGAGGCUACAAUAUGAUGGUUUUCACAGCCGCCAUGUUGGAUGAAUUUAACAAAACGUUCGUCAUUAGUCUCUUUUGUUAUAACAUCCAACAUGGCCGACGUGUCUUUUGUUAUUUCAUUCUCUUGGGAAUGAUUGAAAACCUGCAACAGACCUUCUUACCUUGCGGUGCGUGAUGUUUUCCCAUUUCAGACCACGUGUCAUUUCGUUUGAGAAUAAGAAUCUUUGUUUGAGUUGUAUCCAUAUUCAUGUGUCUUUUACAGAUUCAGAACCGUUAGACAAAGAAACUAUAUAGUCUAGGUUUUGUCCACAUAAGGAUUUAUCCGGUAGAAAGCCUUCGUGCGAACGGCCCUAAGUUAAUGGUGGGAGGCCGGAACGUACUGUUUAUUGUGAAGAAAAACCUCUCCCGUGUACUAGAGCGUUACCAGCCGCAGAAAUCAGUUAAGAACAAUCUCAAAUUAAGAAGCAAAUUUCAAACAAAAAAUCCUAGCAAUGAAGAAAUAAUUUUAACUCAGAUGAUGAAUAAAUUACAACGAAAAUUAUCUUUUAA